AUGUGCGGCCUUCUCGAUCCUGAUAUCUGGGAUCUCGGCAUCUCCUUCACCGUCGCUGUUACGCCAUCUUUCGUGUCAAAUGUUUUCCAGAAUACCCACACCUCAACAGUUGGCUCGAAUAGCCAGACUACGCCAAUCCCUAUUGUUGGUUGCACUGAGUGUUGGUUCUGCUCGCUAGAAGAUGAAAGGGACAUCGACGGCGCAUGGGCCUUGAUAGGUAUUGAUGGCCCAGGAAACUACCAACCAUCUAUCCUUGAAGACGUUGAUGGUUUCGCUGAAACUCUCCCCGUUAUCACGGUUUCAUCCUAUGGGGAGUCAUCUUAUGAACUUGAACCGUCCCAGACGAUAGAUGAGGAAGAGUCGGCUACGAAUGUCAAAAGAGCCGCAACUCCCACUGUAACUGAACACCAUAAAUCAAACAACUACAAAGUGUUUGAGCGUAUGCUUCCUGCGUUUGCAAAUUACCCGAACAACGCCGGAUUUGCUUUAUCUGCUAGAUCGGAUGAACAGAAGUCGAUUCAAAUUCCAUUUACCGACAAAACCAUAACCUACUCAUGGCCCGCCCACUAUGUAGUUGUCACAGGCUUCAUCUCUGUGCGGGGAAUACAAUGGAACGACUGUGAAAACGAAAGAAUCGUUGAAGAAAUACAUUAUGACUGGGAUACUGUCAUGUGGGAUCUUGGGUUUCGCAGGACCACCGGGGAAAUUUGGUACGAACGAAACGACCGUGAUGCAUCGCGUUAUGAUAACGAUCAGGUUAAGUGGAAAUGGCUCGGCCGUAUCAGUGAGCAGGGUAGAGGUAGACCGGAUUGGAUUGCCGCCAUGGCACAAGAGGUUGUGAAUGAGAUGAACGGAGAAAAGAAAGGUCUGAAGGGAGGAGGGUACGACAAAUGGUUCAACAACUGCCGGAAUUUCAGGGACUACUUAUACAAGAAGAUCAAAUAUUAG